AAGGAAGGCUACAAACAUCCAGAAUAUUUAGCCACUCGUCAUAUUGUGAUCUGUUCAUUCGAGACGUUAGCUAACGAGGUGCAUUUUGUUGAAACUAAUCGAAAAUCGGAAUCCCUUCGACGUCCGUGCAAGUAUCUGAUCACACCAACACCACUGCUGGCCGUUGAAUGGUGGCGUAUCUGUGUGGAUGAGGCACAAGUGAUCGAAGGCAAUAGUUUGGGUCAGUCGAACACGGUCACAGAAAUGUGCUGGAAGUUGAACGCGGUGAACAGAUGGUGUGUUACUGGAACACCGAUAACGAAUACUGUCCAAAGUGAGUUUCAGCGCUAA